AUGAAGUGCAUUUAUGUUGUGGGCAAAGUGGAUAUAUGGUAUGUUAAAUCAAAGGCAAAGUCACUGUUACGGCCUCAUUUAGCCAGUAACCAGGUUCUCUAUUUAUCACACUGUAUAUGGGGCCUUAAUGCCCUCUUCUUAUCUGAUCCCACCCCGAGUCAUAGUGUGACCCACUAUGGCACCUCCCCGAGUGUGACCCAUUAUGGCACCUCCCCCAGUGUGGCCCACUAUGGCACCUCCCCCAGUGUGGCCCACUAUGGCACCUCCCCCAGUGUGACCCACUAUGGCACCUCCCUCAGUGAUGCCUACUAUGGCACCUCCCCCAGUGAGGCCCACUAUGGCACCUCCCUCAGUGAUGCCCACUAUGGCACCUCCCCCACUGUGGCCCACUAUGGCACCUCCCUCAGUGAUGCCUACUAUGGCACCUCCCCCAGUGAGGCCCACUAUGGCACCUCCCUCAGUGAUGCCCACUAUGGCACCUCCCCCACUGUGGCCCACUAUGGCACCUCCCCAAUUGUGACCAACAAUGGCACCUCACCCAGUGUGACCCACUAUGGCACCUCCCCCAGUGUGACCCACUAUGGCACCUCCCACAUUGUGACCCACUAUGGCACCUCCCUCAGUGUGACUCACUAUGGCACCUCCCCCAGUGUGACCAACUAUGGCCCCUCCCCCAGUGUGGUUCAAUAUGGCACCUCCCCCAGUGUGACCCACUAUGGCACCUCCCCCAAUGUAACCCACUAUGGCACCUCCCCCAAUGUGACCCACUAUGGCACCUCCCCCAAUGUAACCCACUAUGGCACCUCCCCCAAUGUGACCCACUAUAGCCGGGGGAGCCAUGUGUCCAACUAUGUCACCUCCCCCAGUGUGACCCACUAUGGCACUUCCCCCAGUGUGACCAACUAUGGCACCUCCCACAGUGUGACCAACUAUGGCACCUCCCACAGUGUGACCCACUAUGGCACCUCCCCCAGUGUGACCAACUAUGGCACCUCCCCCAGUGUAGCCCACUAUGGCACCUCCCCCAGUGUGGCCCACUAUGGCACCUCCCCCAGUGUGGCCCACUAUGGCACCUCCCCCAGUGUGACCCACUAUGGCACCUCCCCCAGUGUGACCAACUAUGUCACCUCCCCCAGUGUGACCCACUAUGGCACCUCCCCCAGUGUGACAAACUAUGGCACCUCCCACAGUGUGACCCACUAUGGCACCUCCCCCAGUGUGACCAACUAUGGCACCUCCCUCAGUGUAACCCACUAUGGCACCUCCCCCAGUGUGACCAACUAUGGCACCUCCCCCAGUGUGACUCACUAUGGCACCUCUCCCAGUUGUGACUCACUAUGGCACCUCCCCAGUGUGACCCACUAUGGCACCUCCCCAAGUGUGACCAACUAUGGCACCUCCUCCAGUGUGACCCACUAUGGCACCUCCCACAGUAAGACCCACUAUGGCACCUUCCCCAGUGUGACCCACUAUGGCACCUCCCCCAGUGUGACCCACUAUGUCACCUCCCCCAGUGUGACCAACUAUGGCACCUCCCCCAGUGUGACCCACUAUGGCACCUCCCUCAGUGUGAUUCACUAUGACACCUCAAGUGUGACUCACUAUGGCACCUCCCCCAGUGUGACCCACUAUGGCACCUCCCUCAGUGUGAUUCACUAUGACACCUCAAAUGUGACUCACUAUGGCACCUCCCCCAGUGUGACCCACUAUGGCACCUCCCUCAGUGUGAUUCACUAUGACACCUCAAGUGUGACUCACUAUGGCACCUCCCCCAGUGUGACCCACUAUGGCACCUCCCUCAGUGUGAUUCACUAUGACACCUCAAGUGUGACUCACUAUGGCACCUCCCCCAGUGUGACCCACUGUGGCACCUCCCCCAGUGUGACCCACUAUUACACCUCCCCCAGUGUGACCCACUAUGGCACCUCCCACAGUGUGACCCACUAUGGCACCUCCCCCAGUGUGACCCAUUAUGGCACCUCGUCCAGUGUGACCCACUAUGGCACCUCCCACAGUGUGACUCACUAUGGCACCUCUCACAGUGUGAUCCACUAUGGCACCUCCCCCAGUGUGACCCCACUAUGGCACCUCCCACAUGGCAAGUGUACGUUGGCAAUAGUGGAUCCUCUUCUAAUAGAGGUCAAACUGGCCAACAACUUGGCGACGGGUUUGGACAGUAACCGUCCCAUGGUUGGGGACGAUCCGGUUGGAGAAGUGGUUGUUGAGAGUAUUCCAGCGAGCUCUCUCGACUCUGCCCCCGAACAGAAACAUUGGACUAGAGCAACAUGGAUAACUGAGCAAGAAAAGGAACCACAAGUGCAAGCACCCACAGAUAGCCUAAACUCUGGCGCGAUGGCAGAAGUGACCAAGGACCAGUGGACGGUCAAGCAGAUGAUAGCACACGUAAGCAUGGUGGAACGGUAUCAGGGAAAGGACUUUCGCCCCGUGAUAAUUGUCGUGGAAGGAGGAAGAGAUCAAGAAGUGAUUGAGGAUGUUGGUAGUAAAAGAAAUGGUUUUAUUGAGUAA